AUGUCCAAUCAAUUAACGGAUACUACCAGUGCCGGGAGUGCCGCUAGUCAUCAUUCAGCAGACUCUGUAAAUGCCAAGGGCGAGAGUCCAAACCAAUACUCUGACGAACAAAGUCAGGAGUACCACGAACUUGAGAAGAUCGUGGAAGAGAAAUUGAGCCAAAGAUCGAAGAAAGAGUACGUUUUCGUGUCGAUUUGUUGUGUUAUGGUUGCCUUUGGUGGUUUCGUUUUCGGUUGGGAUACCGGUACGAUUUCCGGUUUUGUUAACCAAACCGAUUUCUUGAGAAGAUUCGGUUCCACUCGUCAUAACGGUACUCAUUACUUGUCCAACGUUAGAACUGGUUUGAUGGUUUCUAUUUUCAACAUUGGUUGUGCCAUCGGUGGUAUUACCUUGUCCAAGAUCGGUGAUAUGUACGGUCGUCGUAUCGGUCUAAUGGCGGUUGUUGUUGUUUACAUCAUCGGUAUCAUUAUUCAAAUUGCAUCUAUCAACAAAUGGUACCAAUAUUUCAUCGGUAGAAUCAUCUCUGGUUUGGGUGUCGGUGGUAUUAAUGUGUUGGCCCCAAUGUUGAUUUCCGAAACUGCUCCAAAACAAUUGAGAGGUACCUUGGUUUCCUGUUACCAAUUGAUGAUUACAUGUGGUAUCUUUUUGGGUUACUGUACCAACUACGGUACCAAGACUUACUCCAACUCUGUCCAAUGGAGAGUCCCAUUAGGUUUGUCUUUUGCCUGGGCCAUUUUUAUGAUUUGUGGUAUGUUGUUUGUGCCAGAAUCCCCAAGAUACUUGGUUGAAAAAGACAGACUAGAUGACGCUCGUGCCUCUCUAGCCAAGGCUAACAAGGUCGCAACCGAUGAUCCAGUUGUCAGAUUCGAAAUGCUAAACUUGCAAGCCACCAUCGAAAAGGAAAGAUUGGCCGGAGAGGCCUCUUGGACCGAAUUGAUCACUGGUAAGCCAGCUAUUCUCAGACGUACCAUUAUGGGUAUCAUGAUUCAAUCCUUGCAACAAUUAACUGGUGACAACUACUUCUUCUACUAUGGUACCACUAUUUUCAAGGCUGUCGGUAUGGAUGAUUCCUUUGAGACAUCCAUUGUCUUGGGUAUUGUUAACUUCGCUUCCACUUUCUUCGCCUUGUACACUGUCGAUAAUUUCGGUCGUCGUAACUGUUUGCUAUACGGUUGUGUUGGUAUGGUGUGCUGUUACGUCGUGUACGCUUCUGUCGGUGUCACCAGAUUAUGGCCUGAUGGUCCAAACGCCGGUAUCUCUUCUAAGGGUGCUGGUAACUGUAUGAUUGUGUUUGCUUGUUUCUAUAUUUUCUGUUUCGCUACCACCUGGGCUCCAGUUGCUUAUGUGAUUAUUUCCGAAUCUUACCCAUUGAGAAUUAAGGCCAAGGCCAUGUCCAUUGCCUGUGCCGCUAACUGGAUCUGGGGUUUCUUGAUCAGUUUCUUCACUCCAUUCAUUACCUCCGAUAUUCACUUCUACUACGGUUACGUCUUUAUGGGCUGUAUGGUGUUUGCAUUCUUCUACGUCUACUUCUUUGUCCCAGAAACUAAGGGUUUGACCUUGGAAGAAGUCGAUGAAAUGUACGCUGAAGGUGUCUUGCCAUGGAAGUCUACCUCAUGGGUCCCACCUUCCAGAAGAGGUGCUGAAUACAACAUUGAUGACUUGAACCAUGAUGAUAAGCCAUGGUACAAGCGCAUGUCCUUCAAGAAGAACUAA